AUGGCGAUGGCCAUGAUGAGCAUGUGCGUCGCCGUGUGCGUCGUCGUUCUGUCGCUGGCGGUGCCGUUGCCGGCCAUGAGCAGCGACGGCGCCACGCCGGCCACACUGCCGCCCGUGCGGGUCGUGGGGCUGUCGCCGAUGAUGGUGCCUCGUGUGCACGACCGGUUAGAGGAUGAUCGGCAGGCCGCCGACGCCGAGAUGGACAUGGACUCCGGGGUGCACCGGAGGGUGGUGCUCACGAUAUUGCAGAUGCAGGCCACCUCGCCGCCGUACCUGGGCUACGGCUCGCUCAACGAAGACAAUGCUGCGUGCGGAUCCAGUUGCGUCGGCAGACCUGGUGCGCCGUAUCUGCCUGCGAGUCGACCGUGUGCAACAUACUAUCAAUGCCCGUCCACACCGUCUUAG